CCCGAAGACACAGAAAUCAAAGGAAACCACUCUCUCUCUCUCUGACCUUGUUCAUCUCUCCUACAAUGGCAGCAGCUCUGACCUGCUCGGCCACCGAGCUUGGCCAACGCCUCGCCGGAGCCACCAACUCAACCGCCGCGGCUUACUACAUCUGCAGCCUCUUCGAUGAAGUACAGAACAAAUUCACAGAUGCAACCUAUGCAAUCGACACCACUUACCUCCUCUUCUCUUCCUACUUAGUCUUCGCCAUGCAACUUGGCUUCGCCAUGCUCUGCGCCGGUUCCGUCCGUGCUAAGAACACCAUGAACAUUAUGCUCACCAAUGUCCUCGACGCCGCCGCUGGUGGUCUCUUCUACUACCUCUUCGGUUACGCCUUCGCCUUCGGUGAACCCUCCAAUGGUUUCAUUGGUCGUCACUUCUUUGGCAUGAAUGACUUCCCCAUGGAAGGCAAUGAUUACAGUCACUUCAUGUAUCAAUGGGCUUUUGCCAUCGCCGCCGCAGGGAUUACCAGUGGUUCCAUAGCAGAGCGAACCCAAUUCGUCGCUUACCUCAUCUACUCCUCUUUCUUGACAGGCUUCGUCUACCCGGUCGUCUCUCACUGGUUUUGGUCCACCAAUGGUUGGGCCAGUGCUUUCAAUACGACUAACCUUUUGUUCGGUUCUGGAGUCAUCGAUUUCGCCGGCUCCGGCGUGGUUCACUUAGUCGGAGGGGUAGCAGGUUUGUGGGGAGCACUCAUCGAAGGGCCACGUAUUGGCCGGUUCGACCACGCCGGCCGAUCUGUUACCUUGCGUGGUCACAGUGCUACUUUGGUCGUUUUGGGUACUUUCCUGCUUUGGUUCGGCUGGUACGGGUUCAACCCCGGUUCGUUUCUGCAAAUCCUGAAGCCUUACAAUACCGGAACCUAUUACGGUCAAUGGAGCGCUGUGGGUCGAACGGCUGUGACGACAACCUUGGCAGGUUGUACGGCUGCUCUCACUACUUUGUUUGGGAAAAGAUUGAUGUCGGGUCACUGGAAUGUCACAGACGUCUGUAAUGGGCUUUUAGGUGGGUUUGCAGCGAUCACCGCCGGUUGCGCUGUGGUGGAGCCAUGGGCGGCGAUCAUCUGUGGGUUUGUGGCUGCUUGGGUUUUGAUUGGUUUCAAUAAGCUUGCAGAGAAGCUUAAGUAUGAUGAUCCACUUGAGGCUGCUCAGCUUCAUGGAGGGUGUGGUGCUUGGGGGAUUAUAUUUACGGCUCUGUUUGCAAGGAAAGCUUUUGUUAAUGAGGUAUAUGCAGAAGGGAGGCCUUAUGGGUUGUUCAUGGGUGGUGGUGGGAAGCUCUUGGCUGCUCACAUUAUUCAGAUUCUGGUUAUUUUUGGGUGGGUGAGUGCCACAAUGGGUCCUCUAUUCUAUGGACUCAAUCGGUUGAAGCUGUUGAGGAUUUCUGCAGAGGAUGAGAUGGCCGGAAUGGAUCAGACCCGGCAUGGUGGUUUCGCUUAUGUGUAUCACGAUGACGAUGAUCAGGCGACGAAGCAUGGGUUCAUGAUGAGAAAAGUGGAGCCAACCAACAACAAUGAGUCACCACCAAUUGUAUGAUCGUCAAAGCAUUUAGGUUUUUUAUUUUUC